AUGGCUAGCGACGAUGAGGGCUCCUCACCCUGGGUCUCCGAUCCUGUGGCACAAGACGUCCUCAGCUAUGUCCAGGUCGCCUAUCCCAUCAUCCUGCUGUUCCUCUACCUCGUCGCCUUCACCAUUCGCAGCGUCGUCACGGCACGAAGCGAGAACGAUGUGUCACCGCAGCCAGAGCAGCUGGGACCUGGCGGCAAGCCACUGCCCAAAAAGAAGAACAAUCCCAAGAAAGAGCUAGACAUACCCCCAGACCUGGACUUCACUAGGCCCAGGAAGCUGCUCUUUGAAUGGCUCUCAGUGGGCGUCGUAGCCAGCGUGGGAGCCAACCUUGUAGUCGUCAUCCUGCACGCCAUUUUGGCCAGGAAGGAAGGCUGGUGGUGCGGGCAAGCACCGACGGUAUGUUUGGGAGCAGCCUGAAGCCUGCAUCAGCACGUGCUAAUGGAACAGAUCUAUCUGGUGGGCUCAUUCAUGGUCUACAUCCUCCUCCUUAUUCACAUGGUAGACUCGCGGCCGUCUCCGACCAUUGCACACUUUGUGUCAUGGCUGGCUGCGCUGCUCAUGGAGUUGAUCCUCUUGGGCGCUUCCUUUGCCGUCUAUUCGGUUGACCACCGAGAGCCCAAGGUUGGUCAUCCUCAUGGCGGGAGACUGCGCAGGCAGAUGACUGAGUGGGAAAUCACCGAAGUCGUCAUCGACAUCGUCCGCACCUUCUUCCUCGUCGGGCUUGUCAUGUUCUUCGCCUUAUUCGUGUACCUACAAGGUGCAGGCCGAAAGAAGGCCGACGCCUGUCAAGACGAUCCGGAAGAGCGCACAUCUUUGCUCUCUAAUGGCCACGCGGCGAAUGGAUCCGCCGCUGGCUCGUCCCAUGGUUAUGGGACCGUUGAGCAAAACGGAAAGCCGCACGGACCACAUGGUCACGAUGAAGUGCCAGCUGGUUGGGAGAAGCCCAAACAAACGCCCACUCGGAGUUGGUGGGAAUACAUCCGUGCCUAUGGCAUGUUUCUCCCUUAUAUCUGGCCAUACAAGAAUCGCAUGUUGCAGGUGAACUUCGUCGUGUGCAUACUCAUUGUCAUCCUGCAGCGUGGCGUCCAGCUCGCCGUCCCGAUCCAAGCCGGCAACAUCACCAACAUUCUGGCUGGCGACAAUGGUCCUGUCUACUUUCCAUGGGGAGCCAUCUUGGUUUACAUCGCCUUCCGGCUAUUUCAAGGCUCCAAUGGCCUGCUUGGCGCCGCUCGACAAAUACUAUGGAUACCGAUUGAGCAGUACUCAUACCGGGAACUAUCCGUGGCUGCGUUUGAGCAUGUGCACAUGCUGAGUCUGGAAUUCCACCUAGGAAAGAAGACUGGUGAAGUGCUUUCAGCGCUUGGCAAAGGCGCCUCCUUGAACACCUUUCUGGAGUCCGUCACCUUCAACGUGCUUCCCAUGCUCAUUGAUCUUGCCGUGGCACUGGUCUAUUUUCUCUUCUAUUUCGAUGCGUAUUACGCUCUGGUGAUUGCAGUCAUCACAUUCUGGUAUAUCUACAUCACGGUCCGGAUGGCUUCCUGGAGAGCGGAGAUUCGUCGACAGGCGACCAACGCGAGCCGAGAGGAAGACGCAGUCAAAAACGACUCCAUGAUGUCUUAUGAGACGGUCAAGUACUUCAACGCCGAAGCUUACGAGUUCAAUCGCUACCGCGAGGCCGUGAAGAAGUAUCAAAAAGCAGAGUACUUGGUGACAUUCUCUCUCGCGCUGAUGAAUACUAUCCAAAACCUAGUAUUUAUGCUUGGCCUGAUUGUGGCUUGUUUUAUUGCUGCAUAUCAGGUCACGAGCGGGCUUCGCAAAGUUGGCGACUUUGUCCUUUUGCUGACCUAUAUGAGCCAACUUCAGGCUCCGCUCAACUUCUUUGGAACUUUCUACCGGAUGAUUCAGAACAACAUGAUCAAUUCUGAGCGCAUGCUCGAAUUGUUCAAGGAGCAGCCCACGGUGGUCGACAGCCCCGAUGCGGAAGAGAUGCCGCUGUGCGAAGGCGAAAUACGAUAUAACGACGUUCAUUUCUCAUACGAUAACCGAAAGCCUGCUCUACAAGGGUUGACUUUCACUUGCAGGCCAGGUACGACCACGGCGCUGGUUGGAGAAUCUGGAGGCGGCAAGUCCACCAUUUUCAGACUGUUGUUCCGAUUCUACAAUGCGCAGUCCGGCACCAUGCAACUCGAUGGCCGCGACGCACAGAGCAUCACGAUCGACAGCUUGAGAAAGCACGUUGGCGUUGUUCCGCAGGAUACGGUCCUGUUCAACGAGACUCUCAUGUACAACCUCAAAUACGCCAGGCAAGCUGCCACAGACGAAGAAGUGUAUGAGGCGUGCAAGGCGGCGAGCAUUCACGACAAGAUCAUGAGCUUCCCGGAUGGGUACGAGACCAAAGUCGGUGAGCGUGGAUUGCGACUAUCUGGAGGGGAGAAGCAACGAGUCGCAAUUGCGCGGACCAUCAUCAAGGACCCAAGGAUCAUCUUGUUGGACGAGGCGACUGCCGCGUUGGACACUGAGACGGAAGAGCAUAUUCAGGAAGCGCUCAAGACUUUGUCAAGGGGUCGGACAAUGCUGGUCAUAGCGCAUCGUCUUAGCACAAUCACCAUGUGCGAUCAAAUUCUGGUCCUGCAUGAGGGUAAAGUGGCCGAGAGUGGUACUCAUUUGGAGCUCUUGGCCAAGCGAGGGCGCUAUGCGGGCAUGUGGAAGAAGCAAGUCCGAGCUCAGCGUGCGGCAGAGGAGGCCAAGGUGCUCAAGGACAAGGCCGACCGGCUGAGGCGUGAGAGCAUGGACAGCAACGCACGAGGCCGCGGCGGCGUUCAACACGAAGAUUCGCCGGGGAGCAGCGAUGAAGAUGAACAGCAACGGGGACGACGAGAGCAAAGCGAACUUCAAGCAGCGCUCUCGCUUUCUCCCCCAGCAGCAGUGUCCCAAGCACAGAUUGCGUCUGUCCUAGAUGGCUCGUCGAGCCGAACAGAUGCAGGAACCGAUCCCAGCGCGCAGAGGGAAGCCUUGCGGAGCGGCACUGUUCGAUCUCCAAGCCCCGUUGUGGAAGAAGAUCAGCCGCCACAGAGGCCACCGGGCCACCCCUGA